AUGGCCGCCUCCACCCUGUCCGUCUGCUCCAGCGACCUGAGCUACGGCAGCCGCGUCUGCCUGCCCGGCUCCGGCGACUCCUGUCCCGACCCCUCCUGGCAGGUGGACGACUGUCCCGAGAGCUACUGCGAGCCCCCCUGCUGCGCCCCGGCCUCCUGCCUGACCCUCCUCUGCACCCCUGCGAGCUGCGUGUCCAGCCCCUGCCCACCAGCCUGCCCCGGUUCCUGCCAGCCCUCGUGCGGCAGCUGCUCCCCCUGCCAGGAGGGCUGCGGUGUGUCUGUCUGCUGCAAGCCCGUGUGCUGCACCCCCGUCUGCUGCAAGCCCGUGUGCUGCACCCCCGUCUGCUGCAAGCCCGUCUGUUGCACCCCCGUCUGCUACAAGCCCGUGUGCUGUGAGUCCUCCCCCUGCUGCCAGCAGUCUAGCUGCCAGCCCUCUUGCUGCAGCUCUUCCCCCUGCCAGGAAGACAGCUGUGUGUCUGUCUGCUGCAAGCCCGUGUGCUGCACCCCUGUCUGCUGCAAGCCCGCCUCCCCCUGCUGCCAGCAGUCUAGCUGCCAGCCCUCCUGCUGCAGCUCUUCCCCCUGCCAGGAAGACAGCUGUGUGUCUGUCUGCUGCAAGCCCGUGUGCUGCACCCCCGUCUGCUGCAAGCCUACCUCCCCCUGCUGCCAACAGUCUAGCUGCCAGUCCUCCUGCUGCAGCUCCUCCCCCUGCCAGGAAGACAGCUGUGGGUCUGUCUGCUGCAAGCCCAUGUGCUGCACCCCCAUCUGCUGCAAGCCCGUCUGCUGCACCCCCAUCUGCUGCAAGCCUGUCUGCUGCCAGGCCUCCCCCUGCUGCCAGCCCAGCCCCUGCAGACCCUCCUCCUGCGUGUCCCUCCUCUGCCGCCCCUUGUGCCGGCCCGCCUGCUGCGCCUCCCCCUCCCCCUGCCAGCCCAGCUGUCGCCCCCAGGCCUCCAGUGUGUCCCUGCUGUGCCGCCCCGUGUGCUCCCGCCAGGCCUGCCGCCGCCCCGCCUGCAGCUGA